AUGGCGUCAAAACAACCGGAGGACAGUACAUAUGAACUACUGCGAUAUGGAGAGACUUCCGGGGUACCACCACCCGAGGAGCCUGAGCAAGGCAUACGAAGCUUCAUAUGGCACAACCCUUCGAUUACAAUUGUCUUCGGCAUAGGAACAGCCUUUGCUGUGGGAUGCGUCGUCUUCACCCAAUGGUUGGGUACGCAGAAGUUUGUCUGCCCAGACUGGGCACUCGAUUGUUCAGUGUCCGAGUUCCUUGCCGACGUCGUGGCCCACCUAGGCCAGGUCCAGGGCAUCAUCACCGCCGUCUAUAGCGCAUCGGUAGCCAUGAUGGCGUACGCGACAUUCCGGGUCGCUGAGACGACGCUCUGGCCGGCUCUGACGAUGAGAACGUUCUCACUGGGCGACAUGGACCACUAUCUAGCCUUGACUCGAGGAUCGCUGGCAGCGUCGCCAAGGGCCCUGUGGCAAGCUCGAGGUCUCGGUCCAGUGGCUGUUCUUCUCAUCGCUACAGUCAUUGCGAUCCUCCAAUUGACCAGCUCCAUCUUUGUCGGGUACGUAUACUCGGCCACGAAUGUUACCACGACUUACUUCAGCAAUCACUCGGAUGGCGGUGGCAUGGGUCUUCCCUUCGACGGCUUCCAGAUGAACCCUCCUGGCAUGCUCCCCGGCGCCGCUGGAGAUGCGGUUUCGAUCUACACGUCGUGGGCCAACGGCCUGAGCAGCGAACCCAUGCCGGAACAGCGCAACUUCAUCAUUGACCGUGCCAAUCUCUCAGCUGUGGGAGCGUUUUCGGCACACGCCAUCGAGAAACACACCACUAUCUCAUGCUCAGCUACGCCCAUCAAUAUCACCUCGGAGUACGCGGACAUGUUCACUGUCCAGGUUAACAUGUCGGCCACUGAUCUUUGGAUUCGUCAACAGCCACUGCUUUCACUGUGGGUGGAUCGGUGGAAGAAUCUUAGCGACGCAAGGGCAGUCACGACGAUGGUGUUCGCUGCCAUCAACGGCACGAUUGAGGGUGGCCACAAGAACGGGCCAAGCGAAGUCAUGCUGGAACUGGGUUACACUGAGGGCGUUUCUUCACUGGCAUGCGAUAUUGACGUGGAGCUCAAGGACAGCGUCGUCUGCACCAUGAAAGACCCGUCCAAGUGCCCGCCCCCAAGCAUGACUCUCUCCAAGCUAGAAUCCCUCGGCCAGCCAUGCAGUGGCUGCAUCCCCGUCUGGCUCGCCGCUGCCGUCGAAGUGUAUGGCGUGAGUAUCUACGGGACACAGCCCAUGUUCUACCCGACCUUUGCGAACCCAGGCGUCCUGGCAGGCACCCAGCUCGGAAACCUCUCGGCCACCUUGCCUGUUGCCUGGACCAGCGUUUCCACGGCUCCCACGUCGUACACAUGGCCGCAGGAGAUUCUGCGCAAUUUUAUCGAGGUCGGCUCCGGCGCCCUGGCCAUAACCAUCAUGCGCCAUUUCCCCAACGAGAGCGGCAUCCUGGAAUCCCGACUUCCCAUGUUACGCAUCGACGCGAGACGGAGCUGGCUCUUACUGGUCCCACCGGCGCUGGUCCUGCUGAGCGUCGUGCUCGUGGCCGCGCUGAGUGGCGCCAUGCACUCCGAGGCGAACCUUCCCAACGUGCAUCUGGGCACCACGAGCGAGAUCAUCCUCAACAGCCAGACCGAGGACAUCAAGUCCGUUGUCAGCGAGGCGAGGAAGACAUCGACCACCCGAGCCACGCUGUCGAGGCUGCGAGUGCGGUACGGCGUGGUUGCUGGCGGAGGUGCCGGGCUAGCACGUAGAGGUGGCGUAAGUGCUUUUGACAAGAGGCUGAGCUCGACCGCGGGUUUCUACGGUUCAUAG